AUGAAUGUUACAAUAACCACAAUGCUCUCCCUCAUAUUAAUAUACAUUACUAUGAACUUUUUUUCAAUCCAAAUUAGAAAAUCCAAAAACUAUAUUCUCCCACCAGGUCCAUCACCAUUUGCAAUCAUGUCACAUGUUUUUGAGCUAAGAAAAAAUCCACAAUACUGUCUAGCCAAAUUUUCCACCAUGCAUGGUCCAAUAAUGCACUUAAAGCUAGGGCAAAUAUCGACCGUCGUAAUUUCAUCGGCCGAUGCAGCACAAGAAGUGCUUCAAACUCAUGAUCUUUUAUUCUCAAACCGAACGGUUCCUCAAGCUGUCGCGGUCCUCGAUCACGAGAUUUUUAGUUUACCAUUUAUGCCGGUUUGUGAUCUUUGGAGAGACCUAAGAAAAAUAUGCAAAAAUGAGUUGUUUUCUAGCCAAACACUUGAUGCUAGCCAUGCACUUAGGUGUAAGAAGUUACAAGAGAUUUUAAGUGAGAUUGAUACAAGUAGCUUACUUGGUGAAGCUGUUGAUAUUGGAAGAGCUGGUUUUAAGACUACAAUGAAUUUUUUAUCAAACACUUUUUUUUCAAAGGAUUUUGCUAACUCUGCAGGUGAAACUGAUGAGUAUAAGAGUAUUAUUGAAAAUCUUGUGAGUGCAAUAGGAACACCCAAUUUGGUUGAUUUUUUUCCGGUUUUGAAAAUGGUUGAUCCACAAGGUAUUAGAGGAGUUUCAGCAACUUAUCUUGAUAAGUUGUUGCAAAUUAUUGAUUCUUAUAUCAUCAAAAGAUUGGAGUUAAGAGGAGGAGAAAAUUAUGUCAAAUAUGAUGAUAUGUUGGAUAAUUUGCUAGAUAUCUCUCAACAGAAUGACCAAAAGAUGGAUAACACUAAGAUAAAACAUUUGUUUCUUGAUUUAUUUGUUGCGGGAACUGAUACAACUUCCUAUACAAUAGAGAAAGCAAUGACAGAAUUAAUUCACAAUUCACAUGCGAUGUUAAAGGUUAAAAAAGAGCUUGAGCAAAUAAUCGGCAUAGGAAAAACUGUACAAGAAUCUGACAUUGUCAAACUUCCAUAUUUGCAAGCAAUAGUAAAAGAAACAUUACGCCUGCAUCCAUCAGCUCCGCUUUUAUUACCAAGGAAAGCUAAGAUUGAUGUUCAAAUUCAAGGUUAUACAAUUCCACAAGGCGCACAAGUCCUAAUUAACAAAUGGGCCAUGGCGAGAGACUCAAAAAUUUGGGCUGAUGCAAACUCGUUUUCACCUGAAAGAUUUUUGGGCUCUGAAAUAAAUUACAGAGGCCAAAACUUUCAGUUGACACCAUUUGGAAGUGGAAGAAGAAUAUGUCCUGGCAUGCCACUUGCUAUUAGAAUGUUGCACACAAUGUUGGGAUCAUUGAUUAACUUUUUUGAUUGGAAACUUGAAAAUGGAGUUAUGGAUAUUGAUCAACACUUGAGAGCUAUUCCCUCUAGAGUAAACAAGGUGGAACAUACAAAAUGA